CACUCCAUCAAAAAAUAUCAAAAAAAUGGCGUCCCAAAAACCGCUCCUGAAAAACGCUCUCGUCGUUCUCCUCUUCACCUUGACCAUCCUAGCAGAAACCGCGUUGUCACAAAACUGCGGUAAAACAGGAUGUAAAGGCAACAUGUGCUGCAGCAGGUGGGGAUAUUGUGGCACCACAAACGCCUACUGCGGCACGGGAUGCCAGAGUGGACCUUGCAAAUCAAAACCUAAACCUACUCCUACUCCCAGCGGUAGCGGCGGUCUAAACGCUGGUCCUCGUGGUACCAUAGCAAGCGUUGUCACACCAGCGUUCUUCAACAGCAUCAUGAGUAAAGUUGGAAAUGGUUGCCCAGCCAAAGGCUUCUACACUCGCCAGGCAUUCAUUGCGGCCGCUCAAUCGUUUCCAGCCUACAAAGGAACCGUCGCUAAGCGUGAGAUUGCAGCCAUGUUGGCUCAGUUCUCUCAUGAAUCUGGAAGUUUUUGCUACAAAGAAGAAAUAGCUAGAGGAAGGUACUGCUCACCGAGCAAAACGUAUCCAUGUCAACCGGGCAAGAACUACUACGGUCGUGGUCCCAUCCAAAUCACAUGGAACUACAACUACGGUGCAGCUGGAAAGUUCCUUGGACUUCCUCUCUUGAAGGAUCCAGAUAUGGUGGCUCGUAGCCCAACCGUGGCUUUCAAGUGUGCCAUGUGGUUCUGGAACUUGAAUGUGCGUCCGGUUUUGAACAGAGGGUUCGGAGCCACCACGAGGAGGAUCAACGGUGGUGAGUGCGACGGUGGGCGUCCAGCCGCAGUGCAGAGCAGGGUUAACCAUUACUUGGAUUUCUGCAAAAAGCUUGGGGUCACUCCUGGAACCAACCUCAAAUGUUGAAGAUAUACUACUCAAUGUGGUUGUUAAGUGUGUGUGUGUAUGUGUUUCAAAGAUUUCAUGUGUCGAAUAAUAAAGAAAAUAAGAGACUACAGGUCUUACACUAUGUGAUGUGUCUUAAGGUAACUAAUAUUGUGUUGUUUGUACAAGUUAUUAUCCAGUAA